GGCACAGCUGUUCGAUUUCCCGGUGAAUGGCAACCGCACUGUUUUUCUAAUUUUUACCUUAAAAUUCAAUUAAAACUAGUUAAAUAACCCGAUAAAAUGGCCCAAAAGGUGAUCAAGUACAUCGGUCGCACCACGGACUUCCGCGGCAACACGUUGUGGGAGCUGGUCUCCGAGCUACCCAACUGGGGUGUGGGCCGCCUGCUCAUACGUAACAUGUUUCAGCGAUAUCCGGAGCCCUGCUACAUGCGGAUUUUGAAGGUGCAAUCGGUGGACGAGCAGCCCGGGGAGAUCCGCAAGGUGCGGGUCACCGUGGAGAAGACCUGGCGCGGAGUAACCCAGCCAAAGCCCGUGGAGAUCUACAGCACCAGCUACAAGGCGGACUACGAGCUGGUGCCCCAGGAGCAGGAGGCCAAGUACCUGGAAAACAAGAAGAAGCUUGAACCUGUGGUGCUGCCCACCAAGAUUGACCUUCCACCUCUGCUCCGCGAGCUGGUAUCGGAGGAAACGGGCAAUCCCAAUCCCCAGAUGAAGGUCCACUACAAACUAACCCACAACAAACUGGCCAGAUUGGCCAAGGAUGGUGAGAAACCCACCAUUAACUUCGAACUGGGCCUGGGACAGCCGAAGCCCGUAAGCGCCAAGCUUUACGAGGGAAUUUUAUAAGCCUGGUACUUUGUUAAAAUAUUAAAUACAUAUAUUAUACACUUAAACA